CUUCUACUCAUGAAAUAUUGGUGUUUUCUUUUCUUCUUUGUUGCUGUAUGCAACUAUGUAUGCGUAGCAUCCUUUUAUGGACUGAAUUUUGGCAUCGAUCAAAACAAUUGCCCAGCAUUACAACAUUAUAUUGAUGAAUUCAAUCAGAUCAAGACUUAUACAAAUCGUGUUCGUAGUUACGCUAUGGCCGUUUGUAAUGAAGGUGAAUUGGCACUGAAAGCAUCACAAAGUACAGGGAUGAACAUUUACUUGGGUAUGUGGGUGGGUCGUUCCGAUACAUUUGAAAGUGAAUUCAAUGGACUACAACAACUAGUGAAUAGUGGUGUUAGUUUUAAGAAUGUAGAUGCCAUCAUCGUAGGAUCAGAAGUACUCUAUCGCAACGACGCCACACCCCAGACAUUGGCCAAUUAUAUUGGUCGCGUGGCUAAUUUGGUCCAUCCUCUUGGUGUCAAGGUCACUACCUCCGAACUCUAUAGUCAGAUAUAUUUGUCCCCAGUUGUCGAUACUGUUGAUUUCUUGAUGAUGAAUGCUUUUCCUUAUUGGGAAGGCGUACAGAUCGAUCAAGCCGUUGCCAAAUUGUUUGAACAUUAUGAUGCGGUAGCCAAUCGUGUCAAUGGCAAAGAUAUCAAGAUCUCGGAAACCGGUUGGCCUUCUCUUGGUGCUAAUUUUCAAGCAUCCGUUCCUUCUCCUGAUAACCAACGAACUUAUGUCAAAGGUGUAUUAUGUGAAGCUCAAAAGAGAGGUGUUGAUGUUCUUUAUUUUUCUGCUAUGGAUGAAUCUUAUAAAUCCGGUGUGGAAGGUUCAUUUGGGAUCAUGGAUGCCAAUUACCAUUUGAAAGCACCUAUCACAAUGCAAGAUCUUUCUCAAUCCUGUUAAAUAGUUAGUAUAAACUAUAUCUAGUGUCAACCAUAAAUAAUCCAUUCAUAAAUGAAAUAGAACUAAUUUUUUUUAUUAUAUAAAAAAG